CCACGCCCCCCUCUCGUUCGCUCGGUCCUUCGGGUGGACGGUGGCCGGGAGGAGCUACUCGCCGCAUUUUAUUUCCCCCCUCGAAGCCGUGGUCGGGAAGUCGGAUCGGAAACGGGAGCCGGGCUAGCGGCGAUGUCCGUGAGCGGGGGCUGCACGGCCAGGAGUGCGCAGCCCCAGCGGGCCCGGCGCGGCCUCAGCCUGCCACCUCGUCGGGUAGCGCGGGACAGGGGCCGGGACUGAGCCGCCCUGGGCCCAGCAGGGAGAGCCGCCGCGGAGCCCAGAGGAGACGGGAGCUGCCGCGGGGCCGGGUCCGCCCGAGGAUGGGCAUCCUCUUCACCAGGAUCUGGAGGCUGUUCAACCACCAGGAGCACAAAGUAAUCAUUGUUGGUCUGGAUAAUGCAGGAAAAACAACCAUCCUUUACCAGUUUUCUAUGAAUGAAGUGGUGCAUACCUCUCCUACGAUAGGCAGCAAUGUAGAAGAGAUAGUGGUUAAUAACACACGUUUUCUAAUGUGGGAUAUUGGAGGGCAAGAGUCUCUUCGAUCUUCAUGGAAUACUUAUUAUACAAACACAGAGUUUGUCAUCGUUGUUGUGGACAGCACAGACAGAGAGCGAAUUUCUGUAACUAAAGAAGAACUUUAUAAAAUGUUAGCACAUGAGGACUUAAAGAAAGCAGGUUUGCUUAUUUUUGCUAACAAACAAGAUGUUAAAGAGUGCAUGACGAUAGCAGAAAUAUCCCAGUUUCUGAAACUAACUUCAGUUAAAGAUCACCAGUGGCAUAUCCAAGCAUGCUGUGCUCUAACUGGCGAGGGAUUGUGCCAAGGACUUGAAUGGAUGAUGUCAAGACUUAAAAUCAGAUGAUUUUUAAUGACCUCUUUGCACCGACAUUGCAUACAAAAGUGCUGUACCUAUGGAUACCUUGGUUAACUGUACCUAUGGUAACCUGCAAAAAUAAUGGGUUAGAUGUAUUUAUAUUUCAACUUUAUUUUCUACACACACACAUAUUAAGGCCACCUCUUUGAAAACAGAUGAAGAUGAAGGUUCUAGUUUGUUUUCCCCAUUCGUUGCCUCUGAAGAUAGGUUUAAAAACUGUGGUUGACAUUCUUCUCAAGAUAAAGCCACUCAGGACUGUGUGUGGUGAGUAUGAAGUGAGGGGAAAGAAUUUUUAACUUUACAUUUUAUAUUCCAAUAUAACCUUCCUAGUUGAAGAUAUUGGCCUCGUUAUUCCAGUAAAUUAGCAAGCAAAUCAGUGGCAUAAGUAUUGACUUUCCAGUAUUUUAAAAACUUGUUGAAAUGUGCUACAGAUACAAAAAUAUUUUCCUCUAUGUGUACUGUACAUAUUUGUGUAUAUUUAUACCUCAAGUAUAGGUUAACUGAAAUCUGUUCCAAGAAAAAGUGAAUAACACUGAAUCUCAGUGUACUGAGACUAGUACUAAUGUUGAGAUUGUUGACGUCACAAUUGCUUUUCCUUUGUUCUCUGUACUGCUCUAACCUUCACCAAAUAAUUGGUGCACCAUUUCUUUAUAAAGUGAAAUCUCUUAAGACUAUUGGUUUUUAUGUUUCUCAUAUAUAUACUCUGCAAUUAAGAAUGAUCACAAAAAGGGAUAGUGUGUCUGAAUGUGGAUUUUAUACUUUGCUCAGUAUUGGCAACUAACUAUAAAACUUUGCUAAAAGGUAAAGAAUCCAAAAAGUUAGCAUUCUCACUUUGUUGGAUAAGACCGUUCCAAAAUAUGCCUGUGUUCUGCUCUGCUUUAUGUUUUAUGCUCAACAUCGUGUUGAGUAUUUAUGAUAGAUUCCUAUCUUGGGGGUAAAUCUUCACUAUUAAUAAAGGGAAAAUGUGUCUUAGUUUUCCUUAUGCAAAGAAGUGACCAAAAAAGUGUGCUUUAAUGUUCUCACCAGAAAUCUUACAGAACAGUCUAUUUUGUAUUAAUAUGUCUUCAGAGAAAGAGGAUACUGACUGGUGGUGAUCCAAAAUUGCUGAAGUAACUAUUUGUAUCUGUGUAUAAGAGACUGACGUGGGGGAGAAGAGAGGGUACACUAUUCUACCGUAACUGAUGCUUGAUUCUGCUCCUAUAGAAGUCCAUGUGAAAACUCAGAAUUAAAUGAUGCAUGUAAAUGAUGCUUCAGCAUCACAGUGCUGAGGCCCCAACUGAAUGGUCAUGAUUCAUAGGGGAUAUGCAAAGAACUAUGGGAAUCAUGACUAUCCUGUCCUUCCUGUAUUGGUAAAUGGGAGGCGUGUGGGGAUCCUAAUAUGGAAAUAGUUGAGAACCAUGGGUGAAAAAGAUUUUAGUUCUUCAUGAGAAUAACACUUGGGUGGUGUGAAAUGUUGUUGGUAUCAUGAAAUGUGUGCAUAAUCAUAAUCACAGAUUUUCUGUCUUAUUCUGUACAUGUGUAUAUUUAAGUAAUAAUGUAAAACUAGACAAAAAAAGUUUAAGGACAAGACCAUUUUAAACCUGGUUUAAUUUUUAAGGCAGUUAUGAACUCAUCUUUAGAAGGUGAGGUUGUGAAACACAUCCAGUUUCCAUUUAAUUUAGUUUAUUUUAUUUGUGUACUGCAUUGUAUUGGUUAAAAUGUUGACAUAGUAUUCAUGGGGACAAUAAUGAAGACCACUUCAAAAGUGUGUAUUUAACAGCUGAGUUGUCCCAAGUAUGAAAUGUAACUUUCUGAUGUAGUCAUGAAAUCUCUUUUGCUAAUUGGCUGAUAGAGAUUCUGCGAUGUCCAUUUUUUAAAUUCAUACAUGCAUUUAUUUACAUAAAAGACAUGCACAGAGAUCAGUGUUAUUAACUAACUGGUGUAUUGCAUAAUGUGUAAAUGUUUUUGCAUUGUUGUUUUUCCUUUAAGACUGUUUUAUCUGGAGGUAUUUUCAAGAAACAAAAUUUGCAUCCUUUGAACACAGAAAUGAAUAAUUUUAGCUUUCCUACUCUAACGAAAAAUGCUGGACUUAACUACAUUCAUAAUCAUCUUAGAGUACCAUGACUACUUUUUUUUUUCUAGAUUUUCUUUCAUGCUUGAAGUGCUGUAUUCUUUUGUCGCUGUUGCUUUUAAAUUUUAAAGUUUUUUUUAAUAAGAUAAAAAUCACUCUUAUUAACGGAAUAUGAAAUGCAAAACAGUAUUCAUGUACAAUUUUUAAAAAUAUUUUCCUGGAAUUUGCUGUUCUUGCCCUGUUCAAGUUUUUAUGGCUUAAAAUGUUUGCCUAAUAAGUAGCAUGGCUGAAGGGAAUCUAUAAAUAUUUUUCUAAAAGCAUGACGUUUAUAUCACAAACAGGGUUUGGAGACCUUCUAAUGCAUGUGAACUAUCUUCCCUCUUCCAGGUGACAGGGAAACUAUCCAUUUCUAUCUCAAUGCGUUAGCCAAAUAUCCAUGUGAUUUAUUAUUUGUGUUGAAGUAGUGGCAAGAGGUUCCCAUCAGGGGUCAAUAUCUUAUUGCAUGCACAGGGCACAGCAUUCACACUCAAUAAAUUGUUCCAGGCCCAAAGUAUUUAUAAUCUAACCAACCACAUACAAUCUGAUGGGCUUUGAGCAGCAAUGGAGCCUUAACUAAGGGUAAACUAGGUAAUCCAUCCACUUCUUCCUGCUACCUUCAAUGUUGCACAUGUGUGGUUUCGGUUUAAUCUUACUUUUAAAACUAAUGGUGAUCCCAUUUAAACAGAAAAGAGAAAGUGGGGUUGCCUUUCUCCUAUAGCCAGGACCUGUGUUGUUUAAUACGUAUGGGACUUCACCAGCAUUGUAUGUGUGGAGAAUUGUUGAUUUUAUAAACUGGUAAUCAAGAGGGGAUAUGUAUGACACUGAUAUGAAUCUUGUGUGUGUUCUUCGUUCUUAUCCGCUAAUUAAUUUUACUUAUCUCUUGCUUAUGAUAUUUCAUUGCACCUUUUAGAAUGUGGAAUUUUUUUUUUCAGGGGAAAACUAGCUAAUCUUGAAGAUAUAAGCAGGUAGUAUUGGUUAGUACUUUAGAGUACAGGACCAGGGAUAGGAGAUUUGGGUUUUGAUCCUGGUGACUCUGGGUGAUUCAUUAAUCUUUCUUUUGUCUCUGUUCCCGUAUCUGUAAAAUGGGGAUAGCAGUUACCAUACCUUCCUCACCGAGAAGGUUGUGAGGCUUCAUUAAAGUUUGCCAGGUGCUCAGAUAUAAGGCACUAUACAAAGUAGAGUUUUUGCACCCAGAUACUUUUCUGCCAAGGCCAUCAUUGUAAUAUGUAAUUAGAUUCUGUGUCUGUCUGAAGGUGUUUUAAGAGAAUUUAUGCAUUUCUUCCAAAUUAUUGUAAUGUGAACUUUUUACACAGACUAUGUAGGCAUCUGUAUGCAGUUCAUGCUUGUUGGUUUUAUCCCACUGCAGACCCUUCUUUGAUGUACAUCUUAAUAUGUAGCUCCUUGUUAUGCAUGGAGAUAUGUUAAUUAUAAACUUAAUUCAGAUAUGUUAAGGCUUAAUUCUGUACAUAGAAGAAAUUCUCUUUGCAUAUAAGCUGUUCCCUAAUUUCAUUAACUCUCUAAAACCACUCCAAGUCUGAACAGUUAAAUUAAAUAGUAAAUCACAGAACUUCAUUUGUGCUGCUUUUGGUAAUGGUUUGGAGUUCCAUCUUCUCCCUAUUGUUCUUGCCUUUUGUACAAAUUUCUUUUAUAUAAGCUUAACUCCCAGUUGAAUUGUAGAGUCCUAUUCUGCCUUCAUUCAAUAUAUAACUCCCACUGAGAUCAAUUCCAACUGAGGGUAGUAUAUGGUCUUUCGUACACAGCUUGGGAAUGUGAUUUUUUUUUUUUAGUUUCUUAUGUUUUUAAGUUCAUGUAUACCUCAAAAUGACCUUAGUAUUGAAAGGUUUGCAUUUGAGUUGUGAAUAUCCAUCCUGGAAAACUGAAAGAUACACUUGAUUGAAUAAUUUGUGAUAUGGUCUAAUUGCCAGUAGUAUCUUGAAAAAUACAUAACUGCAUGUAGAUUAACCCUUUUAAAAAAGUUACUAGGAGACUUGGCAUGUAGAAUUUUGGAGAAUAGGUCAGCAAUACAUGCAGACAUCUAGCUUCAUAAUUUUCAUUGUACUGCAGGGAGACAUGGUAGCUAAAUUCCUAUGCAUGCUGAAAAAAUAUUCCUAAUUGUGCAUGCCUGCUGGAUGUAUUUGAUAAACACCUACCACAAUCUGUGAAGCCCAAAACUUUGUUAUAUACGUGCAUCUAGCUCUGUGAACACAAGUGGUGUUGUCCCUUCCUCCCUCCCUCCUGAUUUAACCUAUAGUUACUUGAUGACUAAUUUUUUUUUUACACAAUAUUCAGAACCUUCUAUACCCAUACAUUCCAAACAUUUCAGUUUCCCACAGUUGUCAGUUACUGUGUAGAUGUAAAGCUUAUCUUGUGGGAGGGAGGGUAACUUAAUCUCUUAACAGAUCAGCUCCAGAGAACGGAAACUGGGUUCCAAUAACGUUUAAGUACAUGACUUAAACCCAGAAAGCAAGGAAAUUAUAGUAAGAGAAGACUCAGACCCUGCAAGUGUUCCUUCAUAUAAAAGCAUUUAAGUGGAAUUUUUUUAAUUGGCUACAUAAAAAAACCUGGCAUUAAUUUUGCUACUGUAAAACCAAUUGUAUGUCUGGAAAGCAGUUUUUGAGAGAAUCCAUUCAAAUGAAUGUAAUAUCCAGCCUUUAGUUAGUGCAUCAUUCAAUGUUAUAAGUUAAGUAUGGUAUGGUACUGCAUAAAGACAGGAACUAAUGAGAGACUGAGGAUAUUCUCUGCAUAUUGUAAUGAGAUAUACAGUAUUGCAAAGGUGACUUGUAUAGCCUAAUUAUUGAGGUGAGAAAAUGCAUUUAAUGUACAGAUCUGAAAAAAAUGGUUGCAACAAAAGUCAUUAGAAAAGAAUUGUGUCCUUGCCUUAUUGGGGUUUACCAGUUGAUUUAUUUUUAUUAACCUAUCGAAUGUACAGAAUGUUCUUAUAUGCAUGCAAGUGCUAUUUUUUUAUUUGAAGAAAGUUUAACAGUGCCAUCUAAGUGGCUCUUGGGUUUGGUUGUACAUUAUAAGACAACUUUUUGUGCAUAUACGCAGGUUUUUUGAGUGUCCUUGGCUAUUUUAAAUUUGAAGAUAUAAUUUGUACUGAAUUAACUUGAAAAGGCUGUUUCACUCAAUAGACUGUACAUUAUUUUUCUAAGCCAGCGGUUCAUGUUGCUCUUGUUGAAAUGCUUCCUGAACAAAUUACCUGAGGAAGUAGAGCGGUUGGAAGAGAAGGCGAAGGAGAGGAUUAUUCUCCUACAAAGGAGUUCACAGAUGGAAAAAGUGGGAGAACCACUGCUUGAACUGUUUUAUGGUCAAUAAAUUUUAAGACACUGUGUAUGAUAGGCUAAUAACUAUCUGAGCCAUUUUAAACUCUAGACUGUUUUUUGUUUUGGUCUUUUAAAAUGCCUUUAAAAGUGUUUAAACAUGUAUUUGUUGUUUACUACCUAAAUUGUCUUCAAAAUUCUGUCUAAAUUGACAGAAAUAAUGUGUGCAGACCUUGUUACAAAUUGGAAGUUUGGGGAAUACAUAUAUACUUAAACGAAUGAA